CUGUCCUUCAGAAAAUUCAGCUAAUCUUCCAAUUUCCUUGCCCUAGACCACCUAGCUAGCAUAUAUUUCCUCCUAGCUAGCCUAGAUUCUCCAUAUUCAAGAAAAUUGAGAGAACAAAAAAUAUCGGUUCUACGCCAAGUCUCCACCACUCUUUGAGAAAUCCAUAACCAUGAAAAACAUGGAAGAAAGCCUUAAAAGAGCAAUGAUGCUGAAGCUUUUCAUAAGAAAGCUGAAGCGGGUUCUCUUACUCUCAGCUUCUAGAGGAGCCAAUGUGCGUGAAACCGGGUUUGAUGAAGUGAUGGAAGCUGCAAAAAUAGUUCCAGUUGAUGUAAAGAAGGGACAUUUUGCAGUAACUGCGAUCAAGGGUGAAGAACCCAAAAGGUUUGUUGUGAAGUUGGAUUGCCUCUCUAAUCCAGAUUUCUUGAGCUUACUAGAGCAGGCUAAAGAGGAAUAUGGAUUUCAACAGGAGGGAGUUCUUGCAGUCCCUUGUCGACCAGAAGAAUUACAGAUGAUUCUAGAAAAAAGGAGAAGGAGAAGGGCAAGCACCGAAUGGUAGAGUAUAUGUUGCUUGUAAUGCUACCACCAAAUUAAUUUGCUCUUGAGGAAGAAAUUAUAUGGCUUUAAUUUUCAAUUUAAGAUUCUCCAACACAGUUGUUCUUGCUGUACAGAGUAGAGACAGCACUGUCGAUUCUUUUUACUGUACAUUCGUUUAUUAUGUUAGAAUGUUGUUCUCCUUGAUCUGCCUUCUACGUAAGCAUAUAAACC